AUGAUAUAUUUAAUUAUUUUGUUCUCCUCAACAAUAGUCUGCUCCUCUGAUGCAGAUGUUGUUCAGGAGGAUAAUGUAAAAAUAGGUCAAGCCGGAGAAGAUGUGAACCUCACUUGCACCUUUUCAAAGCUUCUGCAAACGACAAACUGUGCUGUGGCCGCGUGUGGAGAGAUACUGUUUGGAAAAGGAACUAAACUAAAUUUUAGAGUUCCGUACCCACUGUAUGUCGCCUUUCAAGAUGCAGCUGUGGACAGACACAUAACUCUUCAGCAGUCUUCGACAGACACGCUUCAUCCAGGGGAUUCUGUGAGUUUGCAGUGCAGCAUCUUCACUGAGAGCUGUGCAGGAGAGCACAGUGUCUACUGGUUCAGGCAAAGCUUGGGAGAAUCUCAAGGGAUACUUUACACAAAAGGGGAGAGAAAUGGUCAGUGUGAGAACAGCACUGAGUCUCAAACGCAGAGCUGUGUCUACAAUCUCUUCAAGAGCAACAUCAGUCACUCUGAUGCUGGGAUUUACUACUGUGCUGUGGCCGCGUGUGGAGAGAUACUGUUUGGAAAAGGAACUGAACUAAAUUUUAGAGAGAGUGUCGAUGUGAAUCCAACCCUGCUUGUUCUUGGAGUUUUAAACAUCAUAUUUUUGACUUUAGCUGUUUUUCUGGCCAUAAAACUAUGUCAGGAUCCAAAUAAAA